UGCGAGCGUAGGAGAGAGACUGAAACAAUUAUAAAUUCAGGCCUUCACUUCCUUCCCAUUGACACAUCUUCACGAUCAUUUCGGCCUGCAACUUCAGACAUGAAUUCGUCUUCUAGGAUGACGGAGAAAAAGGACAAAGCGAUCGGCCACACGGUGCUGAGUGAUAUCUGCGGCCGUGAAGUCGGUCAUCUUUCCACCAGAAAAUUCGCACACCGUCUCGCUGCUUCCGAGGAUCUAGUCCUGAGACUUGAUCUUGCAAGGAAGCUGGAAAAACAUUCAGGAUGUGUGAACACAGUAAGCUUUAAUGCACAUGGGGAUAUUUUGGUCUCUGGUUCAGACGACAGGAGAGUUGUACUUUGGGAUUGGGAAUCUGGAUCUAUUAAACUUUGUUUCGAUUCUGGCCACACUAGGAAUAUCUUCCAAGCAAAAAUCAUGCCAGAAACAGAUGACCGAAGCGUUGUUACUUGUGCUGCUGAUGGAGAGGUGAGGCAUGCAACUAUCUUAGAAUGUGGAAAAGUGGAGACGAAAUUGCUUGGAAGACAUCAAGGAAGAGCUCAUAAACUAGCCAAUGAACCUGCGAGUCCACAUGUCUUCUAUACAUGUGGUGAAGAUGGAUUGGUUCAACAUUUUGAUUUAAGGACAGGAGAGGCUACAGAACUUUUCACUUGCCAACCGGUGCGGGGUAGAGUUUUCACACCUGUUGUUAAUCUGAAUGCUAUAGCUAUUGAUCCAGUAAACCCUAAUUUAUUUAUGAUCGCGGGAUCAGAUGAAUUUACUAGAUUAUAUGAUAUUAGAAGAUAUAGAUAUGAUGCGUCAGCUGCUUUUGGUAAACCUGUUGACCAUUUCUGUCCCGAGCAUUUAUUAGGUGACAAGAAUCUGGGAAUUACAGGAUUAGCCUUCUCGGAUCAAAGAGAACUUUUAGUUUCAUACUGCGAAGAGUUCAUUUAUCUUUUCUCUAAAGAUAUGGGAUGGGGCAGCGAUAUAAAUUCCGUUAUAGAUGAUCAUCAUUCGACUGUUAAUCCUGAUUCAAAGAUGGAAACUGAUUCCAAACCAGGCCCGCAAGUCUUCAAAGGGCACCGGAAUUGUUUGACGGUUAAGGGUGUUAGCUUCGUUGGAGCUAACGAGUAUGUUGCGAGUGGGUCUGAUUGUGGACGGAUGUUUAUUUGGAAGAAAAAAGAUGCUAAAGUUGUACGCGUUAUGGAAGCAGAUAGAGAAGUUGUGAACUGUAUUCAGCCUCAUCCGCAUACACAUAUGCUUGCUAGCUGCGGCAUUGACAAAGACAUCAAAAUUUGGACACCAACGGCACUUGAAAAAGCACCUCCCCCAUCAAAUAUCAACAGGUGGAGGCCAGAGACCAACUUUUGGAGGGUGUCACCAAGAGAUAUGGCACUUGAAUUGCUUGCAUUGAGAAGUCAACAAAUGAGCCCGGUGAGAAGGCCUAGUGAAGAAGGUGAUACAAUGGGGUUGAUUGUAACUUUUGACUCCGACAGCUCAGAUAGCGAAGAUUAAUACUUUCCUUAACUGGUUCAAGAGUUGCAAGUGUACAUAGAGCGUAGAUAAGUCAGUUUUAAGAAAAAGGUAAAGAUGUGUCGUGAUAAUUUCUUUCUGGCUGAUCCUCAAAGUGAUUAUACAUAUAUUUUUGGGCUAAUUAUGGUUGUUUCUGUUUCCUUUAUGGCUUUUGUAUAUCUUGCUUGCCAGUAGGUUUAGUUCA